AACUUGAGAUCUAAACCAAACCGCGUUGACGUUUUGACGUGCCUACGAUUGAGAGGGAUUCCCCAUAACCAGGUUGUCUAAACAGCUUCAGCAACGAGUCUAACCAAAACCUCUCUUUUCGCUAGGGACGGAGACACAGAAUUCGCGCGUAAUCUAGCAAAACAAGCAUAGUUAAAUACACCAUGGACUUUAAAUGGAGCGAACUACAGCGACACAGCUAGAAUAGCCUAAUUGUUUUGGCACAAGAGCACGUUCUCGUACUCCUUCUAUGGUUUACGAGCGUUUUCGACAAUGCCGAAAGAAAGGCGGAGGUCCUUGAGGGAGGUAGGGCUUCCCAGGUCUGGAAAUUGCGACGGGUCAAACAGGGAGCGCAAGGCAAACCCGAAAGCGACAGAGAUUGGUGAUGAACUGUUGCCGAUGGCGGAACAAACUGGCUCAACAAGUGGGCAAGAAGAGUUUCGUGGAGGCGACGGGCGGUCAACACUGAGGACCUGUUGCGUUCCCCAGGUGACCAUAACCCCCGAAGGUGAUGCAUGUCCGCGCGAGAUGAAACUAGAGGACUGGGAUGAGGUAAACGAGACGCUACGACGAAAACUAUCGAACUCUUCCAUCUCUUCUACGGGUUCUUCGACAGUGUUUGAAGAAUCAGAGGAUGACAUUCUUAGUGAUAAUGAGACAAAGAGCAGAGGAAUCGUCACCCUAGAGCAACUGGUGGACACGGGGGAACACACCAAGCCAUGGUGGAAGCUGAAGACUAUAGUCCACCUCCCUUUCUUUGUCUCACAACGCAAGCGCCUCUCCUGGGUUCAGCUUGCGGGCCAUAAAGGUAGUUUUAAGGCUGGUGGUGAGGGGACCAUCCUGAAGAAGUUCUCUGAGAACGAGAAGCAGUGUUUCGAGCAGCUGCAGGGCGAUGCUCUGGCGGGCUUCGUGCCGGCCUACCUCGGGGUGGUGGAGAGUGAUGGAGAGCCCUUCCUGCAGAUGACCGACCUGCUGGGCAGCUUCGAGGGCCCUAACGUCAUGGACUGCAAGAUGGGUGUCAGGACGUACCUGGAGGGGGAGCUGGUGCGGGCGCGGGAGCGGCCCAAGCUGCGGCGGGACCUGUACCAGAAGAUGCUGGAGGUGGACCGGCAAGCUCCCUCGGCGGAAGAGCACGACCAGAGGGCCGUCACCAAGCCCCGCUACAUGCAGUGGAGGGAGACGCUGAGCUCCACGCACACGCUGGGCUUCCGCAUCGAAGGCGUCAAGAAAGCAGACGGCACCUGUCGCACAGACUUCAAGAGGACGCGCUCAAAAGAAGAAGUCACUCAGGUCUUCAGGGAUUUCGUGGCAGGAAAUACCAACACAAUCAAUGCAUAUGUGAAUAAGCUCCAGGAGAUCAAACAAGCCCUGAACACAUCCGAGUUCUUCAAGAAGCACGAGGUCAUCGGUAGCUCCCUCUUGUUCAUCCAUGACCGCACGGGCUGCGCUCAAGUGUGGCUCAUCGACUUUGGGAAGACCACAGCCCUGCCCCAGGGCCAGACCCUGCAACACUGCACCCCCUGGCAGGAGGGCAACCGCGAGGACGGCUACCUGUGGGGCCUCGACAACCUCAUCCACACACUGACUUCCCUGCUCCAGGGGUGACCUUUGACCCCCCCUGAGCCUGAACUUUGACAUUGGUGAAGUCAGCAGGGAGGAUGAGGAUUUGGGAGACAUCCAUCGACCGUACGUCAGCUGUUUUGUUUGCUGACAGGUUUGUUGAAGUAUUACAUUAUUUCUGCACACAUUGUGGAUGCAGCAUUUGUGAAAACGUAUCAACAGACAAAGUAUCAACAAAGUGUAUUACCUUAAAGGGCGUCAAGGCUAUCGAACAAAGCACGAGUCCAGUGCCCAAAUACCAAUAUUCUCAAAAUAUUAGCUGUGAAUGUACCACACAAAUCCUUUAACUAACUAUCAUAUUCUUCCUGAGAGGGCAGAAGUGUGUGUGUACGUUUAUUCAUCAAACUAGGAAGCAGUGAGUGUGUGUGUGAUGUGAGAAAUACACACCAAUUGCAUUAAUGCAAUGCAACACUAUCAGUCUAACUCAGGGGUGUCAAAUUGAUUAGAGUUAAGGGGCCACAUACUGCCCUCUUGGAUCUCAAGUGGGCCACACCAGUAAAAUCUCAUUUUUAUAGAAAUGCAAUGUAUGUCUUUCUGUAAUUUUCACACUUAGCAAAGUAAUCCGGCGGGCCGAGCUGGACCCCCUGGUGGGCCUGAUCUGGCCCGCGGGCCGUAUGUUUGACACCCCUGGUCUAACUCCUCACCCUCAUAAGAGUUUGUAAAUAGCAGUUUUAUACAACUGACUUCAUGUAACAAAACAAACAGAGAUGCUAAUUUACACAGCCUGAACAGAGACAGUCAGGAAAUAUGUUUCAUACUUUUCAAAUCUGGAUCUCAUAUACCCUUAUGUUUUUGUGAUUUUUCUUCCAAUCGAGUCCUAUGGCAAAGAAAAAACUGCAUAUUACAAUCCACUGUGAGUAUUAAUGUUUUGUAUAAAUGCUGUUUUUCAAAGUACUGUAUUACAGUCCAAAAUCAUUAAGCACACUUUUUUCUGUAACUUUUUUAAAGUUCACAGCAAGACACUAUUGUGUUACCUAUGCAAAAGUAAUUGCAUUUAGCAUGAAAUGUAAAUUUGUCUAUGUUUAUUUGUUUAUCUGUGAGAAAUCUGUGAAAUAAAAAAGUUAAUAUCAAUUCAGUGGGCUCUUUCUACAAUAAAUAUUGCCUUGUUUAUGUAAUGGUUCCCAUGCACACCCUGAGCACACAGCCAACUUGUCCUACUUUAUUUUGUGAACUUCUGGGUUAUGGUUUUAAAGCACAGGGCAUAAAGCCAUCAGCCUCUGUACAUGGCCCGAAAUAAAAGCUAAUGUGAAUUUUUAGACAGCGGUUCUUUACAAAAAAAAAACUUCAUUGCAAACUGUCUGAAUAGUUUGGUAUGAGUUGCAGCAUGCCAGUAGUCACACCUCAAAGGAGAGUACACAAACAUGCAGGUUU